CCACUGCUUAUAUAUAGAGCACCAUGCGAAAUUGGUUCAGCUCACGGCUGGAGCCAAACGAACAUAGAGAAACCAGGCGGGUCGUGGUCUGGAGCCAGAAAACCAUAGCAAUCUAGCCAGCUUUACAUCCUGCCGCUUUUUUGGAAUCUCAGAUGGAUGCAAAAUUUCUCCCUGUAGGGGCAGUGCUGGUGGUCAUCGAGGACUCAAUUGGUCAGGAUGCUUUGUCGGUACAGGCUCCAGUCCUAGUCUCCAAACACAUGUCGACAGGAGCGGGGGUGCGGAACAGGAUCUUUUCGCGGCGUGGAACAGAAAACGCGUUCUAUGGCCCCAGCAAUCCUAGCAUCGGGGUGUUUCUUACGUCAAAUGUGGUUGGACCCUUCUACACCAUGUACUUGGCAUACAUUGCCCACCGCCGUAUAGCAUACAUGCGAGUGACGUCACUUAGAAAGGCCAACAGCUCGAUGCCACAUAGAUAAGAGGAUCACUCUAGCUCGAGCGUACUUGCGAG